ACAAAUUUUCUGGACUGUGGAACAACCAGAGAAGAAAAUGACUUUCAUCGAAGUUCAGCAGGUGAAGGAGGUUUGGCAGGGAAGCCGUCUGACCUGGAAAACUAGUUCAAACAUUUUGUAUUUUACUGCAAAAAUCACAAAAGCUGCAAAUUGAGGUGACCCUCCCCAGCCCCCCGGCGCGAUCAGUCAUUCUGCUCUCAGAUAACGCGUCAUUCUCCCCUCGAUUACGCAGCGGGAUUUACAUGAAACUGUUAAUUGUUUGCUCUUCAAAUAGAGUCAGCCUGGAGCCAGCAGUCUGCCAGAAGUUAAGGACCGACUCUUUGACCUCCCUCCCCCCUGUCCGUGCUCCUGUCCAAACGUGCGGGCCGAUCUCUCCCCCUCAGGCUGAUCAGCAUGACAAAGCACUGGCCGGAGCAGAGCCUCUUGGCAUUACCCUCUCUGUCCCACCUUGGAGAACACCACGACCAUCAACUUGACUUCCACAGAAAUGCUCAGCAGAGUUUUCCUCUCCGCGGUGUAGCGCGGGGCACUCUAGCCCAGCAUUGGUCUCACCACUCGGCCCAGAUAGUUCCCCAGCAGCCAUCGCGUUUGGAGAAGCCCGCGGCGCGCCCCGAACACCUCACCAGUGCCACUGAAUUUAUGGAUAAAAGCAUGCCACCGGGCUCAUCUUACCCGAAUCCUCAGGAUGGCCCCUUCAAACAGGAAACUCUCAACGCGGACUCCUGGAGCAGUGAACGGGAGAAGCGUGGCAGCAGCAGUGGGAAGAAAAAGAACUAUCAGCGGUAUCCAAAACCACCAUACUCGUACCUUGCGAUGAUUGCUAUGGUCAUUCAAAGGUCGCCAGAGAAGAAGCUGACGUUAUCAGAGAUCCUCAAGGAGAUCAGUACACUCUUCCCAUUCUUCAAAGGAAACUACAAGGGCUGGCGAGAUUCUGUACGACACAACCUCUCCUCCUACGACUGCUUUGUUAAGGUGCUGAAGGACCCAGGUAAGCCUCAAGGCAAAGGCAACUUCUGGGCGGUGGAGUUGAGCCGUGUUCCUCUGGAGCUCCUUAAGAGGCAAAACACGGCUGUGUCGCGCCAGGAUGAGACCAUUUUUGCUCAAGAUCUGGCACCUUACAUCCUGCAGGGACACAAGCCAGAAUCAGAACUUCCCUCUGCGCCUGUCACUUCCAUCCCUCCUUUGCGCUCAAGAAACCCCUCCCCACCGCAGGAGGAUUUGUUCCGACCAAAGCUGGACUCGUCCUUCGCCAUUGACUCUCUGCUGCACAGCCUGCGGCCACCUAGUGCCUCUGGGGAUGGGGAUGUGGAUGUGUCGACCAGGGACUGCUGGGGCAAGAUGGAGCGCCCUCGGCCUUCACCGCCUCCACGACCUCGUUAUGCCUCCUCUGCUCGCAGCGCCUCAGCCAGCUCUGCCAGCCCGGCCUCCACCUCCUCCUCCUCCUCCUCCUCUGAUGAGGAAUGGAAAGGGAUGUCCCUGUCUGGGAAGCGUGUUCCUCUUGAUGGUGAAGCUGGGUCAGAUGGUUAUGAGGACUACAGACCGCCACUACACAAAUCAGCAAGACGGGAGACUGCAGCACCCCCAUGGGAGCUCCCUACUUCCUACGCCAAAUAUGCUCCUCCCAAUGCUGUUGCCCCACCCAGCAUGCGGUUCAAUGGAGGUCCUCUAAUGCCGCUGCAUGGCGGACUUCCCCUUUACAGCUAUGGUAGUUCACCCGUGGCAGCCGGUCACUUCUUAGGUCAUGCCUAUUGGCCCAUCCUCCCUAGUGGACGGGUCUCUGUCCAAGCCCCUCCCCUCAUCAUGGACCUGGACAACAUGUUGCAAUCUGUGCCUCCCAAUAAGAGUGUGUUUGAUGUGUUGGUUCCAACCAAUCAGAACUCUCACUCGCAUCAUCCACCACCCAGUCAGUACACUCUGCAGAAUGGACCUCCUCUAAACAGGUACCCUCAGUACUGACUGACUCUGACAUACUGACUUCUUUGCUCAUACGGAGCCAUACUGACUACUAAACCACUAUGAUCUGAGAUCCACCAAGGAACUACUGCUGAAAACUGAGUCUUAAUCAGUACCUCCAACAAAACAAGUAUCUACCUCAGUCCUUCAGUGAAUUGGAGUGUGUAUUACUACAGGCUAUUUGCACUGCCACUCAUAUUUGCACUGUUUUUGAAUUCCCAAGAUUUUAUUUUCUUACACGUUGUCUACCUGUUGUCAUUGGAAACUUUAAAUUUUACAGUCGUGAAGAACUAAUAGCGAUGAGCUGGACUGUAGUUGGUACAUACAGUAAAAAUCAAGCUGCAAAGUAUCAAAUGCAAAAUCUUUUUUAGUUUUUCCUGUCAGCCUUUUAACAAAAUGUUGGAUUAUUAGGUCAAUUAUUAGCAUAAUUUCAGCGAAAACAUAUAUUUUUUUCCUUUUUCCUAUUGUCUGUUCAGAUGGGGAAAUAUUCAGGACAGGUUGUUUACUGUAAAAUCUUCUUGAAUGUUGUGCAUUGGUCCAGUACAGCCAUAACAACAUUCUAGCCUUAUAAAAAGGAAUACUGGAAUCUGGUCCUGCAAUUUGUUUCAUUUUACUGUUUUAUGUGGCAGGGCCAACUGGUUUUCACGUCACAACUAUUGUCAAGUUAAUGGGCUAAGUUUUGGGUUACGGUCAGUGUGUGAAAAUGCUGCAUGUUCUCAGGACCCUGGAGACAAUCAGCCACUAUACAACCACCGGUAUCUACCUCAGGUUUUUAUCAGACUGGGACAUGCUUCCUGUGGACUUUGCACUGGCAGUUAUUUGCACUAUUUUGAUCUGAUGAUGAUCUUCUAAAGGAAAUAAGGAAAUUGCUUAUAAAUGUCUGCCUACCUUGACAGGUGAAUGUUUUGUUAAUUUUUUUUUUUUGCCUUUUUUUCUGUGGUCUUGUUGAAGGUUUAUACAGUACUGAGCUGAAGUGAAAGCAGCUCAUAUGUUUACAUAUCAAAAGAAGGUAAUAGAGUUGAACAGGGUAUGCAAUAAAACACUGUUUAUUUUAA